UUUUUCAGGGCGUCUCUAAUAAAGCGGAGGAGGGACCAGCCUUGAAGAGCGACGGUGUUGCUCAGAGAACCGGAACUGGAAGAAAAUGCAACGCCGGCCUGGAGGACUUUUUUUCUAAUAUGAAGCAGAGUCUGUGUGAUCAGACCCAGAUAAGCUCAGCAGGUGGCUCUGGGUGCAAACUCUGCCCCAGGGACUGGGUGCUGCACAGGGACAAGUGCUACUGGCUGUCGAACGAGGCUGACACCUGGAGCAAGAGCCGUGACGACUGUUCAAGGAAGGGAUCUCAAAUGCUGGUGAUCCAGGAUCCGGAACAGAUGAAUGACCUGCAGCCUGUCCUACCAGCUGACCAUGCUGUUUGGAUUGGAUUAACAUUUAACUCUACACAGAGGAAGUGGACCUGGCUGGACGGUGCCCCUGUCCACGAAGAACUGGUCCCAGGAUUAAGUCAGGGUGCAAAGAGCGACUGUGGAGCGUUAAAAAAGACAAAGAUUGAAUUUGAAGUCUGCAGCAGUGAAUUAAAAUGGCUCUGCCAGAAAGAAGCUUUCCAGCUAUAGACUGCGGCAUGACUGAUCGGGACAGGAAAAGGCCUUCAGUGUCUGAAACAUCUACAGUAUUUUCAGCUUUACUUAUAAAUGUCAUGUCAGAAUCAGGGGCCAGAGCCCCUGCUGGCGUGAAUCAGCCAUAGCUCCCCUGGAGCCAAGGGGGCCAGACCCCGACCUGAUGGAAAUCUGCCCCUUUGACGUCAAUGGUUUUAUUGUCCACUAAAGAAAAGCAAAUCCACCCGCUGGGCCACAAUGGCCAGAGGUUUUCCCCACUCCAGCCCCCCAGGAAUAAAGAGGACACACCCCUCCCCCCAGGGCUGGCAAAGCCGGGGAGCUAGUGCCCCCGCAAUGGAAAUAUUGCAACCUUGCACAACGGGCGCACAGCUUGGGGGUGGG